GUUAUUUUGGUCACACUGGUAGCGACGGAAAUUUAUGAAAUUAAUUUAAUUUAGUUAAAUUUAUUUCUCAACAAGAGCGCGCGUCUCGGAAGUCGGCCAAAAUUUGCAGUUAAAGAACACGAGCGGGAAUAAGCAGCCUUCGACAAAACUAUUGUGUCAACAAAUUGUUAGACAACUUCUUUUUUUUUUAUUGAUUAAAUUCUUUGUGAGUACACACGCACACCCACACUCACAUACAUACAAACACACGGGCACGCGGAUAGAGAGGAAAACAACAAUUUGUGGCUGGCGCGCAAAUACACACACAUAACAAUAACAAUUGAUAAAUUGCUUAGACGCUAAAUGAGUCAAUCGCAUAAUAAACCAGUAAACGCGUGAAAUAAAUCGGUUACAGAAGUUUAAAGCAAAGUUUACAUCGUCUAAACCGCAAUGUCGUGCUGCACUGGUGUGGACAUGUCUGAUAAGGGCAUUACGCUGCGCAAUGGCAGGACCAAGGCGCCCCAGGAGCAGUCGCCGGAUCAGGUGGCUCCGCAGUCGCCGCAGGAGCACCAGGACCUUAACCCACAACAGGCCACCCCGCAGAAACAGCAGCAGGCCAUGUCCGCCGACGAAAAGAAGGCCACCAAAAAGUCCCUGGUCAUCGUCGCGGGCAUCUUUGUGGCCAGUUUGGCCACCAUGUGCUAUGUGUACGCCAUAUUCCCCGAGCUCAACGCGUCGGAGAAACAACAUUUGAAAAUUCCGCGUGAUAUCCAAGAUGCUAAGAUGCUGGCCAAGGUCCUUGAUCGCUACAAGGACAUGUACUACUUCGAAGUGAUGUUCGGCGUGGUCGUCGCCUACGUAUUCCUGCAAACAUUCGCCAUUCCCGGAUCGCUGUUUCUGUCGAUUCUACUCGGAUUCCUGUACAAGUUCCCGAUCGCCCUGUUCCUCAUCUGUUUCUGUUCGGCGCUGGGCGCCACCCUAUGCUACACACUUUCCAAUCUGGUUGGACGUCGCCUGAUCCGGCACUUUUGGCCGAAGAAGACCAGCGAGUGGUCGAAGCAUGUGGAGGAGUACCGGGACAGUCUGUUCAACUAUAUGCUAUUCCUGCGGAUGACGCCGAUCCUGCCCAAUUGGUUCAUCAACCUGGCAUCGCCGGUGAUCGGUGUGCCGCUGCACGUCUUCGCGUUGGGCACCUUCUGCGGCGUGGCACCGCCCUCGGUGAUCGCCAUCCAGGCGGGCAAGACGCUCCAGAAGAUGACCAGCUCGAGCGAGGCCUUCUCCUGGACCUCGAUGGGCAUACUGAUGGUCUGUGCCUGCGCCUCCUUGCUGCCCGGCCUCCUCAAGAACAAGUUCAAGCACAAGAAGGAGGCGUAAGCUGCUGCAGGAAUGUGCCGUCCUCAAUUCGAUAUAUAUAUAUGCUAUUCCCCAAACUGAAACCAAAACAACCCGAAAAAUCAUUAAUUGUAAUUCACAACACUACAAACUAAACAAAAGGUAAACACACAAACCGCGAUUUUUCUUUUCUAACAAAACGCGGCCAAGCAAGAAAAAGCCCGCCCCAAAAGAAUAUUUUAAAAAAAAUGCCACUUCGGGUCUCGAUCCACUAUGUUUAAGUCUACUACAAAAAUAUCUGUGUUUAUCCUAUUAUUACAUGAUUAAUUUUUUUUCUAAACGUAUACUUACCAACUUUUGCAUCAUAUAUUUCCAUCAAUUGUUUUUAAGUUAGUGAAUUUUUGUUUAGUGCUAUUGCAGUAUUUACUAGAAAAGUUCUCCUAUAAGUAAAUCAAAUUAGCAGAAAUCCAUUGAAUAUUACGCAACGUAUGUAAUUUAAAAAAAUAGCUAAAGUAUGUAUGUGUCUGCAAGUAAAUGUUCAAGAGAAACAAACUAUUAAGCUUGUGUUAUUUUGGGUGGUAU